CGCUUUCACAUUUAGUCGGCGACGCCGCUCCUAACCUGGAUAUCGUGGUGGCGGCGGCGGCGGUAGCGGCAUCGACGCCCGCCAACUCCCGAUGACGUGCUCCUGUUUCUCCUGUUCUGCCUCCGACGACAUGUUCUGCGUGAAUUUCGCCAAAGCAUUAUGCACGGAAACCUACACCACUGACAUGCAGAUAUCGGAGGCGGCCGGGGGCGCCCCGGCGCCGGGGGUGGAGCCUUGCCGUUUCCCCAAACUGGAAGAAUGCGCCCAUUUCCAUUACGAACGGGUGCAAUUACCGAAAUUAAUCGUCACGUUGCAGACGAACAUUGACCAGUCGCUGCACUCACAACACAGUAACGAGGACGAUACAGAGUGGUAUAUGGUGCAAGUAACGUCCGGGGAUGAGUGUUGGUUGUUGCAAAGGAAUCUCGAUAAUUUUAAAAUGCUAGACGAUCAGUUACAUCAAUGUAUUUACGACCGGAAAAUUUUCCAAUUGCCUGAUUUGUCGAGCGAAACUCCGGACGAUGUGGACCUUGAAAUGAAACUUAAAUCGUAUUUGGAGCGCUUUAGCGAAAUUGCCGAUAAUUCAGUAAACUGUGGCCCGGUUUUGAACUGGUUGCAGAUGGAUAAUAAAGGCCACCGCUUGCUGGUUCCAAGUGAGGAAAGCCGUUCUAUUAACACUCCAGCCGUAGCAGCGGCGUACAGUGUCCGAAGAUAUGUUUCACAAGCCCGUGAUGAGCUUAAUCUCGAAGUGGGGGACAUGAUCUCGGUUAUUGACAUGGCAGCCCCUGGGGAGUCGAUGUGGUGGCGUGGCAAAAGGGGCUUCCAGGUCGGGUUUUUCCCCCAGCAUUGUGUGCACAUAAUUGGCGAUAAAGUACCAAGGAAUAUGCCGUUACCGCCGCCUGUGGUCGGUUCGUUGGCUUUGACGCCGAUUAAGCCUGUUUUGAGGAAACACGGGAAACUUAUCACGUUUUUCCGGAGUUUUAUUCUGAAUCGGCCGUCGAGGAGGCGGUUGAAGCAGUCGGGGAUUUUGAAGGAGAGGGUGUUUGGGUGCGACUUGGGGGAGCAUUUGUUGAAUUCGGGACAUGAUAUACCGAUGGUGUUGAAGUGUUGUGCGGAGUUUAUCGAGAAACAUGGGAUUGUCGAUGGGAUUUAUCGACUGUCGGGGGUCACUUCGAAUAUACAGAAGUUGAGGAAUGCCUUCGAUGAGGACAGGAUACCGAAUUUGUAUACGGAGGACAUCCUGCAGGACAUACACUCGGUGGCGAGUCUGCUGAAGAUGUAUUUCAGGGAGCUCCCAAACCCCCUUUGCACCUACCAACUCUACCAGAGCUUCGUGAACGCAGUCCAGGGCUGUAACUCCGGUGUGCGAAACUCCGAAAGCGACCACGACCGCCUCCUCAAAAUGCGCGAAGCGGUCCAAAAACUGCCACCCCCUCAUUACCGCACCCUCGAAUAUCUAAUGCGCCAUUUGGCCAACGUGGCCAAACACGGCAUCAGCACAGGCAUGACCACACGAAACGUGGCCAUAGUUUGGGCCCCAAAUCUACUACGUUGCGCCGAAUUGGAAGUUGGCGGUGUUGCCGCCCUCCAAGGGGUGGGCGUCCAGGCCGUCGUGACCGAAUUUCUCAUCUGUUACGCCCACUUGAUCUUCUGCGACCACCUCCCGAAUCUCGAUCUGCCAAACGAAAACGAAUCGAAUUUCUCGCCCAAGAAAUGUCGGCCGAAAAGUCUCGCCAUUUCGACGCCCACUAAACUAAUUACGUUGGAAGAAGCCCGAACUAAACGUCUCCUGAACAAAAACGAAGAUUGUAAUAAUUAUAUCGAAGUGGGCGGAGGGCCGAAAAAUCUACCGAAGAAAUAUCACACUGUUAUUGAACUACCAUCAGGUGGGCGGAAACGGGGGCAUAAAAGGUCGCCCCUUGGUUGGAGGUCGCUGUUUUCCAAAGCGAAGAAUAACUCACAAGGGAAUCUCAGUAAGCCGCGGAAAGCGUCCACACCGGGAAUCAUAGUCGCAGAUAAGUCGGUCACUGAGUCGGAUCUAACCGACAUGAAACGGAAGUUGAGGUCGGUCAAGUCGGCCGAGAGUCUCACUUCCGGGCAUUCGGAACCGACCGGAAACGAAAUCGACGGUUUGGGACCGCUGUAUUCCCUAAACAAGCCUCCAGGACAUAACAGGUCCGUAUCGCACGACUCAUAUUUCGACACUCUCCAAACCUCGCAAAACAACUCGGAGGGUUCGCUCCUCGACCUCAGCGAGAUUCAGCUCAAUUUCGAGCUUGAAGAGUCCGAAAUGCGUAUUUUCUCUGAAGACGAAAGUCUAGUCAGUUCUCCUCGAAUUCAAAAAGACGGUUAUCGACGCAUUUUGACUCGGGCCCGCCCCGAGGAAUUCAGCAGUGCUACCAACUCGGGGAAUCCCUCACCGAAAAAACAAGCACGCGUUGUACUUUCCCCUGAUUCAAUGUCCCGGAAACGGACGCGACUUGAGGACCAAUUAUCCGAUAUACAGUACAUUGAUUGUACCACGCCUGAUAAUAUGGUGUGUACCAUGGCGGUGGUACACACGAUACCGCCAGACGAAACGGUACCAGAUUCGUACCAACCUAAAAAUAAAUCCCCCAGAAAUUCGGACAAUUUGGAUAAGCGACAGUCGCUGAAUUUGGAGCGAGAAACAGGCGGGAAACAAGCAAUCACUAAGUCAUUCACGGAGGUGGAUAUUGGCCGGAAGUGGGAGGGGUCAAGUCUCGGGGCCACGCCCACCCCGCAAAGCCCGGGCUAUAGACAGUUGGGGGAAUCCAGCACUAACACAACCCCGGAUUAUAGCCCCACUGAAGUCGUCUACCAGAAUUUAAACAACGAGAAGAAAAACAACAACUAUGAGAAUAUUUUGACUACGAUUAGUAUCACCUACAAGUCGCCCCCUCGUAGUAUUGAAAAUAGUCCAAUCAAAACUAACGCUGAUUCCGUCUACGAGAACGUCAUAGUCAACGUUGAAAAAGCAAUGGUUCCGACUUCCACCGCCUCCCUUCCUAGUCAAGAAGCCACCCAACCGGUGGAAAAGUCCGACCGCCCCAAAAGCAUGAGCGCCUUGGACGACACCAGCACCGACGCCACCCUCAAACCCAAUCUCAGCUCGAGCGCCAUCUGCGAUACCAGCGAGCAAAUCUCAUUGGUCAGUUUCACCGAUUCGAACCAAUCGUCGCGUUCCAACGUCCAGUACACGCCCAGUUUGAGUUCGGGGGGCGGGGCCGGCGUCUAUCACGUGAUGGAGAAUUCGGACCGGAUUAGUCCGACUGAUCUAAGUCUAAGCGAAGUCGUACACAGUUCCACCGAAAAUCUAAGUUCGGCCAGUUUCCCACUUAGUUAUUCGAAGAAUUCCACGCCUAAUGUUAGUCCAAGUGUGUUCGAGGAUGACGAAAAGACUGAAGAUUUGAUCGAGUUUAGUCCAACCGAUAAGAGAAAAUCACCAGAGAGUGAAACAAUCGAUAGUUCGGUCUACCAACAGGUCAAGUUUUUCCGGCGGUCGAUACACGAAGUCAACGCCUUGCUGGAGUUGGAGGAGAAGAAGGAGGAGGAGGAGAAUUACGAUUCGCUCGAAUCGCAUGUCUACGAGAACGUGAAAGGCGAAGAAAUGAAGAAUGAGGAGAAGGUAUGUGUUAAGGACUUGACGAGUCGUUUUGAAGAAAAACAGGAGAAUAGUACAAAUCGCGUGAAGAAAUUCUACGAGAAAGAUAGUCUGCCCCCAUGUUUGAGGGCCCGAAAUUUGAAGAACCAGUUAAAGACUCGCUCUCUAGACGAAGAAGAAUUCAAGAAGGAAUUCGGGAACGGGCUUUCAGGACAACGAAGAAAAUCAAUGGACGAGGGUUUGGGCUACAAAACGAAUUCCUUGCCCAAGACUUUGAACCCACCAAAAGUUAUCCCAAUGGACGAUGUCGGAAAACUUGACUCGAUCCAUUUAGCCCACAGCACUGAAGACGAAGAACUGAAGAAGCGGGAACGAAUCGAGAAGUAUAAAGAAGAACGGCGGAAAUACCUCGCCGAUAAAUACAGGUCCGAAUCGUUCAAGGAAGACAAGGACGUGCUGCUCUCGAAGCUGAAAAUUUACAAGACAAAGGACAGCCUGCCCGAGGAGCCCGAGCCGGCGCCCCCUCGCACCCGGCGAAAAAGCUCGACGAGUGUCGAAGAACACGAAAAAAGUACCUGUAAGCCGAAAUCGGAGAAUUUGAAGGCGCGAGCUGCCGUUUUCGAACCAGCCAACCAAAGACUAAACAACCGAGCUGAAGUCCAACCGAAUAAGGUGCAAGAGUGUAAGAACAACUUUGAGGAUUUCGUGAGGAAGAAAGACGACGAUUUGAAGUACGAGCGUAGGAGACACACGUUCGAAAGCCGGGAGAGAGAAGGCGAGGAGAGACUGAGGAGAGUCAGUUUGGAGAGUCCGAGGAAAGAAAAGGCGGCGCCCACGUACUGUAUCAAAGACAUGAAAGCAAUUUUCGAAUCAAAGUCGAAACAAUAAUCAAAUUUGUUGUAAGGAUGAAAGUGUGUUUAAUUUUUUCGGGUGAGGAUUAACACCAUCUCAUUUUGUUUUUGUUUUCUCUGAGAAGUGGAAGGAACUGGUAUUUAUUUUUAUACGAAUGGUUGCACAGCUGGAUAAUUAAGUUUUUUAUUAUUAUUAGUCGUUAUUUUGAUAUUAAUCAAAUGUGAUAACCAAUUUCAACGUUUUGUUAAGGAACAGAAUUAGUGUGUAAGGCCUAAACGCGUACUUUUUACAAGUCUAUCGCUCUUCAACAGUUUGCCAAAACACCGUUUCAUGAAAUUUUGAUGUUGCAUAUUAGUAGACUGACAGAUCUAAGAGUCAUAUAUUUAAAAAGAAAACGAACAAAUAGUUUAAUAGACAAUAAUGAAUUUUUACAGUAUUGCACCAUCUCCAAUUAAUUUAUUUACAUUGUAAUAUCAUGUACAUAGUGUAACUAUGCUUGACAUGCGAAUAUUUCAACUAUGUUAAAUAAAUUACGUAUUAUUA